AUAAUGUGUUCUUAUUGGAUGUGAAAUGUACAUACUUGCAAUAUAAAGCAUUUACGGCUAAUUUUAUACCUCAAAUUUGCAAAUAUCAAAGUGUUUACAAAAUGAAAUUUUGUUUACUGAGAUUUAUUUGUCGAAAAGAAAUACGGGAUUUAUGAGAGAUUGGCUCCCAGGCUCUCGUGCGCAUUUGUUUAUAACAGCCUAGCCACGUGUUUUGGACAUUCAUUCCUAUUUCCUAAUGGUUCAUUUUAAUUUUAAUAACUUGUAGAAGAAGUUGGAGAAAGGGAAUUAUUUUCCUGGCCAAAAUGGACGGAAUCGAUUCAGUUGAAGAGGAGUUAUUUACUAGAGCUGCCUAUGAUAGACCAAAUGUAAUCCUGAAAGAUGGCUUUCAAACCAGUGAGAUUGAAAGUGGCAUUGACUUUGAGGUUAAAGAAAAAUACAAAGAAGAUGUUGAAGAUGAUGCAUCUCAAGUUUUUUUUGAUACUGAAGAAUUAUUUCCAUUGUUAAAUGCUGAGGUUAUUGAUGGAGCAACUGAUGCUGAUGAAGACCAGGACAAGUCACCAUUUGCCCUUCUUAAAGAGAAGAUGGUUCCAAUAACAAAUGAUGAAGGUGUUUACAAAAAGGUUGUCAAGAAAGGAACUGGUGCAGUUGUCUCACCUGGUGCAAUUUGUCGUCUUCACUAUAACAGUUAUUUGGAAUACCAGGAUGAACCUUUUGACUCAACUAGACUAAGAAAUAGACAACAGCAAAUGAAACUUGGAGAAAGCGUGAUUGCCGGAUUCGAUAUUGCCUUGAGAACAAUGAGAAAAGGCGAAAUUUCACAGUAUUUAUUCUCUCCAAAUUAUGCUUUCAAAGAAAUGGGUUGCCCACCCAGAAUCCCUCCAAAUACAAGUGUGUUGUUUGAAAUUGAGCUUGUCAGUUUUGUGGACCAGGCUGCAUCAGAUGAGUUUUCCGAAUUUCCACCUGAAGAAAGAAAUAAAGCCUCUUUUGAAAGUAUUCAUGAGGUAGCACAGUCUUUUAAAGAAACUGGAAAUGAUUUAUUCCUGCGUAACGAGUUUUACCAAUCUAUCAAGAAAUAUGACAAGGGAAUCCAACUUCUGGAAAUGUGUCGUGUUAAAGAUGAAAGGGAAGAGAGGGAAAUGAACAUUUCUUUGUUAGCGCUGUAUAUUAAUGCUUCAUUGUGCGCUCUGAAACUAGGUCAGGGUGCUCGUGCAAAAAAGUUUGGAAGAAAAGCUCUAGACAUUGAUCCAAAGAACAUCAAAGCUAUUUACAGAGUUGCCCAAGGUUUUCAAAAAGAAGGGGACUUUGGCAAGGCACGUGAGUGGUUUUUACGAGCCCAGAGGCAAGAACCAAACAACCCGGAUAUCAGAGAUGCAAUGCAAAAGUUAGACAGGGAUGUGCAAAGGUGGAAAAGAACUGAACAACAAAUGUGCAGGAGGAUGUUUCCUGCAACCAAGCCAGGAACCCCAGAGAGCUCAGUGAAAGAAAAUAUUGAUCCUAAACCAGAUGAAAAACCUCCAACCCAAAUUUCAGACGAAGUUAAAUCUCUCAUGAUGAAGAGAUUGCAUGAUUUCCUAGCAGAUAACCAACAGAGUGAAAUUGUGUUUCCUUCAUCAUUAACUGAGAAUGAGGUCAAUUUCUUGGUUGAAGAAGCCAAAAAUAGUGAUUUGCAUUGCAUCCUACCUUCUAAAAAGAUGGCAUACUUGAAAAUAACUAAGGAUAAAGCUGAAUGAGAAAGCCAAGAUUCAAAUUUAGCAAUAUAAACUUCAACAAGAAACACAGACUUACACUGUAUAUAGUUUAGUGUAUAUUUGUAAAAGAUAUUGUAUUGGUGAAUAGUUCUGUUAUUAGUUAUGUUAUUGCUCAUGUUAUUGCUCAUGUUAUGCUUGUGUUAAGCUCAUGAA